AAAAUUCAGAACUACAUAGUGAAGAACAUGCUAGGGAGAGGCAGCUUUGCAAAUGUAUACAAAGCCAAGUGCAAGAAGACCUCGCAGGUUGUGGCCAUUAAAAUGAUAGAGAAGAAGAAUUUGAUUGACAAGGAUUCAUUGCAGGGGAGGGUGAGAACCGAGAUCUCCAUUCACUCUCGACUCAAGCAUCCUUUCAUUCUUGAGAUGUAUAGUUUUUUCGAGGACGAGCUCUACAUAUACCUGGUUCUGGAGAUGUGUGAGAAUGGCAGCCUUAGCAACUUACUGAAGACUUCUCCAGACUUCUUCACUGAAGACAAAGUGCGUCAGUUCAUGCAGCAAAUAGUGACCGCCAUGCUCUACCUGGAGAAGCACAGGAUCGUCCACAGAGACCUGACGCUUUCUAAUCUGCUUCUCGAUAAGGAAUUUUCCAUCAAAAUAGCAGAUUUUGGGUUAGCAGUUCAGCUAGAUGAUCUCAACGAAAAACAUUACACCAUGUGUGGCACUCCCAACUACAUCUCACCUGAGGUAGCUUUGAAAUCGGCUCAUGGACUGGAAGCAGAUGUGUGGUCAUUGGGCUGCUUGUUUUACACAAUGUUGGUAGGUACCCCUCCGUUCGAUGCCAAUGAUGUACCGAAGACUCUCAACAAGGUCAUUUGCGCGGAUCUCUUCAUUCCCUUCUCAGUAUCUACACAAGCUGCCUCUCUCAUCCGAGCUCUGCUGCAAAAACAUCCUAACAAUCGUUGCAAGCUGAGUCAAAUUCUGGAGCAUCCUUUCAUGAAAACUCAAAUUGUGACCCUUCACACUAAAAAGGUUUUGAUUGUUUUAUGA